AAGUAUUUCACUUUUUUGAUUUUUUUGUGUUAGUUUCGUUCAACUACGAACAAGAUGACAUCCAUUAAAAAUCAAAUCAGAGUUCAACCCGUAUUUGUUAUGACUGUUUGCUAGUCAACAAAGAGGAACCAAACUGACAAACAGACAACGGUCUUAUAUAAACUGGCACCUUGCAUGCGCUUUUUUAGUACCUGGAAACUUCCCUUCAAGAAUCAAAUCAUUCUUCAGCAUCCAAAUAUAAGAAGACCAAAUCGCCCUGUAUCUUAAUCAUCCCCUCUUUUUUCUUGGUGGAAUUGAAUCAGAAAAACUAUGGAAGAAUUGGUAUCCUUUGAUGUAUUGCCUGAAGAUUGCGUUUCCGCAAUAUGCUCCCUUACCUCUCCUCAGGACGCCUGCCGGAUAUCUCUGGUGUCGUCGAGUUUCCGAUCAGCCGCCGAUUCCGAUAUGGCGUGGGACAGAUUCUUGCCAUUUGAUUGGGAAGAUAUUAUGAAAAGGGCAGUCAUCCCUUUGAAGUUCUCGUCAAAGAAAGAGAUGUUUUUGCAGUUAUGUCAUCCCAUACUCUUAGAUGGUGGUAAACAGAUUAUUGCUUUGGAAAAGUCAACUGGUCUCAAGUCCUACACACUUUCUGCAAGAGAACUUACAAUUCUACAUUCCAACGAGUCAAAUAACUGGUGCUGGAAACCAAAGCCAGAGUCGAGAUUUGCCGAGGUGGCUGAGCUCAAAACAUCCAACAGGAUUGAGAUUGAAGCCAAAAUUAAAAGCCAAAUGUUGUCACCAAACACAAAGUAUGGUGCUUAUCUCAUCAUACAAACUUCUGAAAACUCAUUCGGGCUUGAUUCCAUCCCAUCUGAAGUUACCAUCGUCAUAGCUGACAAUGUGAUUGAAAACACAGCAUAUUUGAGUCCGAAAUGCGAAACGAAGCAGCAAAUUGAGAGCCUGUUUUAUGCUAAUCGCGCCCGGAUGAUGAAAAUGAGGGUGGAAAAUGGCGGCGAUGAUAGAUUUCCGAUGGCAAGAAGUGAUGGGUGGGCGGAGAUUGAGAUAGGAGAGUUCUUCAAUGGUAAUGAAAUUGAUCAGGACAUUAGGAUGAGUUUGAGAGAAACUAAGGGUCACCAGCUCAAGGGAGGGCUUACUGUAGAAGGCAUUGAAAUUAGGCCUAAAAACUAACAUGUAUUUUUUUUUAUAUUGCGCAACAGAUAUCCAAAAUCAUUGUUUAGACUUCUUUUAUUUUAUUGUUGAUUCAUUCAAUUUACGUACUGUAACUUUCUUCCACUUAACAAUUUGGCAUGUUUUAGCAUUUUUUUAGUUUUUAAAACCUUUUUAUAGAUAU